CCCAAAAGCCCUUUUGGCGCCCGAAGGCGAAUCUCUCUUCUCGCCUCUGAGCCCGAGAGUUCGUCACUCGGACAACUGAGCGCUUUUGAUUAAUGGAGUAGGAAUUGGGAAGGUCCAUUCUUCUAUGGGGAGCUUAUUAGGGUUUCGUCGUCCUCAGUUCUCAGAGGAGGUGGCCUGGCUUCCUGCUUGGCUUCAGCAAAGCAAUGUUGAACCAUUGGAUAAUCGAUUCACGGAAGGAGAAAUUGUUGAUCAGAGAUCCAUGGUGAAUACUACCGUUGAAGAGGCUGUUCAGUCAUCAAGGGAUGAAGGUAGAUAUAAGAGUUGCCACUUAUUCUUAUCAGAGGAUGACAAUUCAUUGGCUUGUUUCACUCCAUCUUCUGGAAAUCAGGUUGUGCAUUUUCAUCUGCAUCUAUCAGCAGAUCAUACUUUACAGCAUAUGUCGAGUCCACUUUCAAAUUCACCUCAAUCAGGGGGGAUAGCUAGAAACAAUGUUCUUUUGCUGCAGCAAACUGAAGCUUUAGCUGGUCAGGAAGAUGUGGAGAACCAAUUCAGAAUGGAUUACAAUAUUGGUGUGAUGAAUUUGCCCACUUUAAGUUCCCAGCAGCAAACAUCCGAAUGUCAUCAAUCUCUUGCCAUGGACAGGGAUACCAGGAUGGAGCAUGGAGAGAUCACUGGAUGCCUAGAAGUUUCUGAGAUCAAUGAAGCAGUUGAACUUUCAAUUGCAGCAUCUGAAGCUCUUGUCAUACUUGACACAGUAAAGAGUUCACCAUCAACAGAAUCCUUGGAAACUACAGCUGUACUUGAAGUUGUGCUACAAGUCAAACAAGCACGCUUGGUGGGUCUGAAAGACAGCUUGAACUUCUCCAUGCAGGAUAUUGAUGAAAUUGAUUUUUUAUCAGACUUGGAUGACUCAAGUAUGGCUGAUGCAUUUGAAGAUGUGGGUUUAUCGGUUUGUCAUCCUAAUGGUCUGCUUGCUUGUGCUUCAGCCAUCCCUGAAGUUAAAGAUACACCUGGUUUACAAAACCAUUAUGAAUGUGAAGACAAGUAUAAAUGUGAACAAGAUGGGUAUACAAAAUUUGAUCACGAUAUUUCUGGAGAUCAAUGGACAGAAUAUAUUUCGAACACAGCUAGAGAAAUAGGAAAAGAAUUGCCAGUAGAAGUUCUUGAUUUUGAAAAGCUGAAGAAGCUCAUAGAUGAUCCAGUAUCUGGUUUAAACACCUCCAUUGUGGCAUCUCAGAGUGACUCAUUAAUGCAUGGGUCAGUUGCAGUCCUGGUAAAUUCUGAUGUUCCAGCCACAACAGAGGGAGUCAGCCUUGCCGCUGAGAAUGUGACUUCAUUUCAGCCUGAGACAAGUCCUAGCUGCUCCCGUGAGCCUUGGAGUUAUGCAAACGAAAGAUAUGCCAAGUUAACAACUGUAGGCCAUGACAGAUUUCAGAGCCGCUGGUUAGGAGGUUGGAUGUGGAAGAAGGAAAUAACUGCUUCUGGACUCAUUAAACCGAAUAAUGCUAAGAUCAUUUCUAGAUAUUUAGUUGGUGAGACAUCCUACCUUUCGGAAUCAGCUGAAGUUGUCCCAGAUGGAAAUUCAUUGGUGCAGAAAUUGGAAAAAGGGUCUCUAGUUGCUUCCCAAUCAAGCAUACCUUUUGAUCGUUUACAUAACAGAGUUGAUAACGGUAUACUGCUUUCUCAGGGGAUUGUGGGAUCUUCUAAUUUAUCCUUGGUAGAUCCUCUUUGUUCUAUUGUUCCGUGCAGUAUUUCUUCAGAAAAUGCCUGUUAUACUUCAGCUCAGAAUCCAAAUGAUGAAAUUGAUGCUGGGAAAUGUUCCAGACCUGCCCUAGAACAUUAUGACAUGAAUUUGCAGGGAACCUCAUGUCUGAAUGCAGAAUUUGUACAUGAGGAACAGCAAGCUGCUUCAGGUUCUCACUUCACUGUUCGUAGGCAGUUGAGCUCACUCAGAACUCAUAGCAUUUUAUUGCCUCACUCAAGUGCCUUUGCAGAGAUGGAUGAUCAACAUUGCAAUCGACCAUUCCCAUCAAAAUGUAGUUCAGAAUUGUUUUCUGAUGAGCAAAAUACUAGCUGCAAGAAGGUUAGAACAGGACUACUGUCUUUGAAGUCCAUGCAUAAGUGUAGUACUGAUAGAGAAAUGGAGGAAAGCCAUCAAACUUCGGUUAUGCAGAAUUUGGUCCCAGACUUGAUGAACCAGAAAAUAGACUAUGAUAAAACUGCAAAAAGUGGGACUGAGUUGCAGGUUCAAAUGAAGAAAAACAGGUACUCACCUCUUGUUUUAAACUGGGCAAGGCGUUUCCGUUUCCAGGCUUCUAAAGAUUUUACACAUGAUUUUGGUGGAGAAGAAAAUCCAAUUCUUGAUACUGAAGUUCCAGCAAGAAAACGAGUCCGUUUCUCAGAAACUGAAAUUCAGCUUCUUCAGAAGAAGAACCUCCAUAAGUUUCCAUCUUCAUACAGAUCUUGCUCAACUAAACGAGCUGGUAACAGAGCGAGAAGUUCCAACCUGAAGUUUAAGUCUAAAGCUCAAGAACUCAAAAUGGAUCUAGGAAGUCAUCUUGAAGACGGCUCAAAGAAGGGCAUAAAGAGACUGAUAUUCCAUGCUAUAGAAUUCUUGCUUACAGGAUUUUCUAGAAAGAAGGAAAAGGAAAUUGAGGGUCUAGUUAGGAAGUAUGGUGGUGCAGUUCUCUCUGACAUUCCUUCUCCUCCUAAUUCAAGGGGAAAGAGAAGCUCAAGACUGAAAUUCCAGCAGCUUCCCAUAGUUCUAUGUUCUGAAAAGCUAGAAACAAUCAAGUUCUUGUAUGGCUGUGCUGUAAAUGCCUACAUACUCAAAGUAAAUUGGGUUACAGAUUCAGUGGCAGCUGGUUCUGCUUUACCACCCAACAAAUAUAUGAUCAUACCAAAUCAUGUUGGUGAAAGAGACACAAGAAUAAGAAGGGCACUUUGUCUCAAUAACCAAAACUUUAUCUUCGACCGAGUAGGUAUCAUGUUUUAUGGGAAGCCUAGUUUCUGUACCAGACUAGCAAAAGUUGUCAAGCAUGGAGGUGGGCAGGUGUUCAAAACCCUUCAGUGGCUGGUUCAGAAUCACAAGGCUGAGAAGAUUUCUAUAGGGGUUAUUGUCGCUGAGGAUGAGAGCUGGGCUUUGCGCCACCUAAAGCAUUGUGCUUCAGAGGGGAGGAUACCCGUGAUGUCUGCUAGCUGGAUUAUAAGCAGCUUACAUGCCGGGAAGCUUAUUCCUUUUUCUUGGGGCACCAUGAUUCCUCCUCUCUGCUGCAAAUAAAGACUGCAGAUUUUCCAGCGGUGUAUAAGCCGGUUGAUGAUUAGAUGCUUGUAUUAUUGCUUUGAUGAAAAAAGAACAGUUCAAGCGAUUUAGGUCAUAAAGUCACUGUGAUCAGGUUUGGAUGUAGUAGAUAGGUAGGUGACUCAUUGGAGUAUAUAUGUUGUGCACUCCUCCAGAGGACGCUAGGAUUUUAUUAUUGGAACUGGAAAUCCUAAAAGUGAUGAGCUGAAGAGCCUCUUGAUAUUGCAUUUUGUUUGGGAUAAACAAUCUUUCUUGGUGAUUUGUGUGGAAAAGUUGGAGGUGUAAAAUAAAAGUUCUGAUGUAGAACAGUGCAUCACCAUGGGAAUAAUCCCCCCUCUCUCUCUCUCUCUCUCCUGCUAAUGUUUGUAUCUCUAGUAUGGCUGUGCUGCCAGAUCUAUUGUACAUUUUCAUUGUACAAAAUAAAAUAAAAUAAAUUAAAUCA